AUGGCUGCUAGUCUUUCGGAGUUCUACUCAAACCGGAAGAUGGAAGACAUCACCAACAGACAUAAAAAGCACAAGCUAGAUAAUAAGAAGACAUGCUAUCCAAUGCAGGAAAGACUGCCUUCUCCUCUGUCUCCUUGUUGCUCGGAGUCUCCCCCUCUGAAGCAUCGCAAUAAGUCAGUGCUGUUUGUAUUGAACAAAAACCAGCUGUAUGAAGCUUCGCCCUUGUUGACUCCAAAAGAUGAGGACGAUGAUGACGACGUUGACUACGAUCUUGCAUGUGCUGCUGCGGUAGAUGAGCACGAUUCGUUGCAUCCCAUGGAUGACAACAAGCGUCUUGACGCAAACCCUGAUUACGCUGCCUUGACUUCUACAUUGUCGCUUUUGAAUCGCACAAAAGAAGACAUAAGCGGCGAGAUUGUUGCGCUUUCGCAGCUCAGAACGAAAGCUGAGACUGCCUCCAAGCUGGACUUGGUGGCUUUCUUCAUGGAGCUCAUUGGCGACCGCAAACAAUUGCCAGCUCAGCACAAAGUGAUCAAGGCUCCUACCAUUCAGUGGAGCCAAUACCACCCGGAGAUGGCGUCAGUGUCUUUUGCUGACGGCGACGCCACGAACGAAUGUAAUGAAAAGCGGCUAUUCAGAACGUUGUCGAUGUUUGAACCAUCUCCAUGA